UACUGCACCAAGUCGUCGAACCUUUCGUCUCGGUAGCAUAUUUUAUCAGUAAAGGUCUAUAUACUUCAGACUGACGCUGAUGUUGUUACGCAUUUGGCUUCCAUAUGCUUGUUGGCCUUUGUCACCUUGUAGAGAGCCUGAACCACAUGUUUAACAUGUACAUACAGUAAAGUUUAGGCUAGCUGCACCAGACACAAUUCCAGGAAGUUCACUCAGCCGAGUUUGCAACUCGGUAAAGUGCGGCCGUCCUGCAACUGGAUGCUUCUUGUUUGUUCUGAUUAGCGGGUUUUGAUAUAAAUGCGUUUUUGGAGAAACUGUGAUUCCGUCUUGCGAACCUAUGAAUGUGGUUAACGGUGCUAUCGCAAGUUCACCACCAGAGGGACGGGAACUGGCAUUUAAGAUAAUCCUUAUAGGCGAGCCUUCAGUUGGGAAAACCGCCUUCGUCCACCGAUAUGUCAAUGAUUCGUUCCCACGUCACUACAAAGUCACAGUGGGAGUUGAUUACGCUUUACGAGUGGUAAGACGGCCUGGCCACCAGAGGAUAAAGCUCCAGUUAUGGGACAUAGCCGGACAGGAGAGGUUCACUCCGCUCACCCGCGUGUACUACAAGGGCACCCACGGGUGUAUCAUCAUGUUCGACUUAACCAAGAGAAGCACGUAUCUGCGGUGCAUCCAGUGGAAGAACGAUUUGGAUGCUAAAUGUUCCCUGCCCGACGGUUCACCGAUCCCGUGCCUAUUGAUAGGCAACAAGUGUGAUCUUUCGGACAAACAAGUUACAGAUUUGGAACUGGAGACGAUGUGCCAGGAAAACAGCUUCAUUGGCUGGACAGAGACGUCGGUAAAGGAAUCGGUCAUGGUCGAGGAAUCAAUGGAGUUCUUGACGGACGCGAUGUUGGCGAAGGAUCGCAUCUUUAACGCGUCCUCUGAGGCCAAUCCAUUGGAAGAUCUCGACUCGAGUAUCGUGAAUCUACCUCGUGGAAGUCGGCAAAUCACACGGAAAAGCAGUUGCUCUUGCUGACGGUAUACCUUGCGAGAGACGAAUUAAGUUUUCUCCAAAACCUAACUGCAUGUGUAACUGCUAUAUGGAGACAGUAAUUUCCAGUCACACACACACAUGCGUUACUGUAACAAACAGUGUGGAUACAUAUAAAGUUGAACAUCGCAUCAGCAAAUGAUAACCACUUAUGGACUUCACUCAUGCAGCGCGCGCCAGAUAUGGAGGUUGUAUAGCAGGCUGCUUAAAGUGCCCUCUCUCUACAUCCUAGUAAGUGAUAUGCUAGAAAUCACUCCGAGUCACGUCGACUAUUUUAGUCACAUGUUCGCAGGGGAGCCGAUAAAGUAUGAUUUGACGUAAUGGUUAUAGCAAUUAUACAUGUAAUUAACUUGUUGACGACCUCGGAAUUUUGUUGUUUGUCCCGGAAACCGAGUUUCUAACAUCUAUAGGCCUAUAGUUGCUGGUGAUUGAAGUUUGCACUUGUAAUCCAUGCUGGACCAAACAGAGAUCUGCAGGAACUAAAAUUACCCUAUAAGCAAUUACAGAUCAUCAAGCUGAUAGUUGGUGUUCAAUGGAGGGGGGCAGGCAUUGCUUGUCAUUCCUGCAUGGUUACCCGUUUUUGUACUGGGUACUAUUUAACUUGUAGUCCCUGUAGUCAAAGGGACACAGAACAGUCGCCGAAUGGCUCGUGUCAGAGAUUGGCAAAGUUCAUUCUAUGCCUAGGCUAAGCUGAAUUUUAGGUAUGGUGACUCUGUAUUCUGUUAAAGUGACUUCAUUGUCAAAUGUUUUGUUGUUCAGGUUCCCUUACACACGCAUGUCUAGGCAUUAUUUAAAAUAAAUUAUAAAAGACUGCAGCAUACAGAAUAAAUCAUACAAAUGUUUAAAUACCAGUA